UGCUUAGAGCUGACAAUAUUGAGAAUACAUACACUUUGUAUUUUCACAAGUCCAAAAAUCCAAGCCAUGCCUCCGGAAUUCACCAAAAAAUGCAAUGACUUGAGAUGGCCUCUUCGUCGCACCUCAACUGGUUAAUCAUCCGCAACAACAAUGCUUUCUUGUUAAAGAAACGCGAUAUUAAGAAACCAUUCAGCACUGAAGCCAACAACUUGACCAAUGUCAGCUCAUACCGCUACAGUGGCAUCGUGCACAAGAAGACACUCGGCGUUGUACCAGCUGCCGAUAAAAAGGGCUUCACAGUCGUCAUGAAGAAGGGCAAAUAUGUGCAACGUCCCGCCAAAAGCACCGUCAAAGUCAACAUGAAGGCUGGUCCCAGAAGGUCUUUGAAGAAGUUGAGAAAUCUCUUGACCGAUAACAAAUACCGCAAGGAUUUGACUCAAGCUGCUUUGCGUCGUGCUUCCGCUGUGAUGCGUUCCCAAAAGGCUCCUCAAGUCAAAAAAGCCAAGAAACCAGAAUAAACAAAAAAUAUAGGCUUUUAAGAGAACGUUUUUAAAUAUACACCCCUAGAAACAA